AUGAUGUCACAACCUCGACAACCGCUUCAAGCUGCGGGCAAUGAUUCAAGGACCAAACAUCGACGACGAACCGCUUCCAGUCUAAUGACAAUGUCCAAGAACAGUAGGUCUUUCUCAGGCCUGUCGUUUAUUCUCCUUGUCACGUCGUUGCUACUACUGCAGGAAUUGGUCAUGGUUGUAAAUGCCCAAGAAACAGCGGGUGUGUCAUCAUCAUCAUCAUCAUUAUCGUCAUCACUGCAACGAACGGAGCGUCAAGAAUUCAUAUCAAGCAGCACAACAAGUGCAUUUCAUAAUCGGCGACGAAAUUUAAGUUCUUCGUCCCAGAAAUCAAAGCAAGCCUCUUCCUCAUCGGAGGAUGAUAAGAAGGACGAAAGCAAAUCCACUCCAUCGGCCACAGUUGGUUCCAUUGAAACGCAAAAAACUGAUACUGUGGAUGUUGUCUCGGCAAUCAAUAUUGAUAAAAAUGAUGAUGAUAACCAGACACCGGUCAAAUCCAUUAACGUGACGGCCAUUUCCAUGACGACCUGUGUCAAGAUUGAAUACGCCGUGUCUUAUUUGACCAAUUUGGAUUGGAAGGACAUUGAUAUUCGUAACGAAAAUAAUGGCCAAGGCAACAACAAGAAUAUUUGGUUGGACGUCUACUUGUUCGAAUUGGUCUUAUUACCGGCCAGUUUGGCCAUGGUCUUUUUUGGAUCGCAAUUGUUGUUGCCCGUCUGCACCAUGACGGCGGCUGGAUUGGGAAUCUUUUGCAUCUUUCAUUUUGUCAAUAAUUAUUUCAAAGGCGGACUGGAUUGUCCCAUGAAAUUGGCACUGUCGGGAGUCUCGGCGACCUUGUGUGCCAUGGGUGCUGCCGCCUUUGUGCGAUUUGGAUUGUUCACCUUGGGAACCGUUUCGGCAGGUGGCAUGUCCUAUCUCUUUUUUGACGCCUUUCCUGAUUUGGAUCCGGGUCUCAACAUGACUGCUGCUGUUGCUGCGAGUGGUGGUGAAACGGCUAGCAAGGUGACCGAAGCUGCACUGGCCUCGGACAUUUCGCCACAUGCUUGGGUCAUUACCAUCUUGUUGGCUAUGGCCGGUGGUCUCUUUUUACGGCUUUAUGAACAAGCGUCACUGGAAGUAUUGACGGCUGUUCUGGGGGGUGUCGGAGUUUCCUAUUCGGUGCACGCCUUUUUGUUAUCCCAACAUGUGGACCUAGAUCGAUCCGUUGUCUUUUUGAUUGCUAGCAUAGUCACCAUGAUUGGAUCGAGGUUUCAGCGCAAUCGACGUCUGCGAAUAAUGGAACUUCAAGCAAAUCCUUAUCAUGAUUACAAGGGACAACUACCAGUGCAUAUGCCGCCACAACCCCCGCCACCGCCCGUGAUCCAACCCGCUGGACCACCCGUCCAGGCCAAUCCCAAUCUCUCCUUGAACAAUUGGAACCAGCUACAACAGUCUCUCUCUUCCACCAAUCAUUUACUGCAGCAGCAACGGCAGAACGAUAAUGCCAAUGAAAUGGAGGCCAUGGCAGAAGAAUUGACCAAUUUGCUCACUUCUUUUCAAGAACGCAUCCAAGAACGGGAUCGAUCGAAAAAGCAAUAG